AUGACGCUUACCAUGCUGAAAGGGCUGGCCGGGUUCAGAAAUCUUUUCUGGCCCUGCGCAACUAAGCCAAGCCUUACUCAUUCCACAGGACAUGGGAGUGAUCUGAAGAUGCUGGGAGCAAUGUUUGCCAUUCAGCAGUCCGAGAAGAAGAGCCCUCCUCGCUUUGUCGCGGCAGCUUAUGCCAUCUUCCUUGCAGGAAGCUUCGCCGUCUACCACCUGGUUGCCAAUGGCGAGUUCUCCUCCAUUCUGACCAUGGCACAGAUGAUCCAAUGCCUGGCAUUUGUCCUGCUCACCAUCAAGUCACUAUCCCAAGGCAGUGUCGCCGGCCUGUCGGCGAAGUCCCUUGUCCUGGAGGCGCUCGCCUUCGCCUGUCGCCUCUCAUCUACCACCUGGCUCAACGGCUAUUUGCCGGUGGAUGCAUCAGGAGACUUUGUGUAUCAGGCCGUCGAGAUUUGCAGCCUUUGCCUCGUCUUAUUUCUGCUCCAUCGCGCCUUUGUGUCCCAUCGUUGGAGCUACGAGGAGGAGGCUGACUCUCUGCCAGUGCUGCCAAUGGUCGUUGCAAGCCUCUUCCUGGCGGCACUCCUCCAUGCGGACAUGAACAGCCGCCCAGUCUUCGAUACUCUUUGGAUGGCCGGGCUUUUCCUCAGCGUGGUAUCUGUGCUUCCCCAGCUGUGGCACAUCCACCAGACGGGCGGCGUGAUCCAAGCUUGCACAGGCCACUACAUCGCGAUGCUCGCCUGCAGCCGUGCUCUGAGUGGCAUCUUCAUGUGGCAUGCGCGCUUCGACAUCACCUGCGUGCCGCUCGUGGGAAGCUUCAACCAGGCAGGCAGAAUCCGCCUUGUAUGCUUUAACACUCACGAUCGUGCCUUGACUCGAUCCGGUGUUGAUUGCGUGUUGCCGCCUGCUGUUGCGAGGUGUUCCAUGUUGAAGUUUAUGUUCAGGCUUCUGAGCACUUCUACUUUCGAACUGUUUCUCGUUCGUGGUCCCGGUGGCUUUGUAGCACUUUAG